UGAUAAGGUUCUUUAUUCUUUGCAUUGCAGGUCUGAGAAUGUAGCGCUGAGGAAGCCGGCUCGUCACAUCUCGACUUUACAAACUACCCAUUCGCGACGGCGGACAAGGCCGUGGAUGGCAACACAGAUGGUUACUUUUUUAACAACUCCUGUACCCACUCUAAUGACAUCUACAACACCUGGUGGAAGGUGGACCUGAUGGGCUUCUACAACAUCACCAGCGUGCAUCUCUUCACGAGGACAGAGGCUUGUUCGGACAGAUUACAAAACUUCGAAGUUCGUGUAUCUGGCACUGACCCCACGACCUUUCCGUCCGUUAAAGGACAGCAGUGUGUGUACUACAGAAGUCAAGUGUCUUUAACAGGAACUUCGCUCAACUGCACUCGUCCUAUCAUAGGUCGCUUCGUCAGUCUGUACAAGCUUGCCAACGACUUUCUCACCAUCUGGGAGAUGUUUGUCAUCGGGACGAAGCUCGACACCUCCGGAAAAUACGAACUAGUGCAGGACAACUCCCGCUUGAACUCAUCCGCUGUGACGUCACUAACAACAGCGUCGCGCGUUGGUUGCGGUGUGAAGUGUCUUGGUGACGUCACGUGUGUGGCCUUUAACGUCAUGGCGUCAGGAACACGUUCACAGCGCGGCGUCACGUGCGAGCUUGUGUGCGUUACAGAGUGGGUGACAAACAUGACACUAAGUGCCCAAACCGGAUGGAGAGCUUACAAGCGGCGUUUGGAGGGUUAAUGUGACGUCAUGGACAAACACCAACGUCUGCAAUUAGUUAAUGAGGAGAACUUGACUUUUGUUUUGUAAUGAAUUCGUCUGUUUUGUGAUUUGUGUAACUUUUCUUAGA